UGGCGGUGAACUAGCCGCCAAAUGAACACUUGUUGACGGAACGCUCAUAAAUUGUUUAUUAUUGCGAUAGGCCAACUGGGGAUUGCGUGGAUUGAAUGAGAAGAUGGUGUUCAAGUGCCAGGAGGACAGUUUCCUGAAGCAGUUCAAGACGAAAAUCGUGAGCAGCGAGUUCGCCACCUUGGAUUGGCCGGAUGGCAGUGGAAAGGUGGAGAAACUGAAGGGAUUCCAUGUGGUCUGCGAGGAUACGAUACUGUUUCCCGAGGGCGGUGGCCAGCCCUGCGACUACGGAACUCUGGCCGGGUUUCCCGUGAGGAAUGUCCAGAGGAAGGGCACCACGGCCGUGCACUUUGUGGAGUCCCCGACGAGCUUCGAGCAGGAUGCCGAGGUCCUGCUGACCCUGGACUACCAGCGGCGGCUGGACCACAUGCAGCAGCACUCGGGCCAGCACCUGAUCACCGCCCUGUUCGACCGGGAGUUCAAGUACGACACCACCUCGUGGUCCCUGGGCUCCAGCGCCUCGUACAUCCAGCUGAGCACGCCCCAUUUGAUCAGUCGCGAGUCGCUGGACCUCAUCGAGCGGCAGGCCAACGAUCUGAUCCGGGAGGGGCGCGCGGUCACGGUGCUCCUGGUAGAUCCCGAGGUGGCGCAGGAGUUCCAGGACGCCCGGGCACCACGCGGCCUGCCCAAGGACCACGAGGGCCUGGCGAGGGUGGUGCGCAUCGAGGGCAUCGAGAGCAACAUGUGCUGCGGCACCCACGUCACGAAUCUCUCGCAGUUGCAGUGCAUCAAGCUGCUGUACGCCGAGAAGGUCAAGACGAAUGUCCUGGUCCACUUUGUGGUGGGCGAAAGGGUGCUCGCUAAGCUGGGCGAGGUCUUCCAGCGCGAACAGCAGCUCACCCAGGCCCUCAAAGGCGGGCCCGGCCAGCACCUGGAGCUCGUCCAGAAGCUGCAGCAGAAUGUGAAGGGCAGCCGCAAGUACUUCCAGCAGCUGCUCAAGGACUUUGCCACCGCCGAGGCCGAGCGGCUGGAGGAUCUGCCCAAGAAGGAGCGCCCCAAGUACUUUGCCCUCCAUCGACGCGACGGCAUCGAGGUGGACUUCAUCAACACAUUCUUGCGCGUGGCCCCCGAGGGCAUCUUCUACUUCCUCACCGUCGCCGAGGGCGUGGCCGCCGGCAGCAGUGCCAAGGGCCACCUGGUGCUGCGCGGCGAGCCGGAAAUGGUCGAGCAACUGGGCCCCCAGUUCGUGGAGCUGCUGGAGGGCAAGGGCAACGGCAAGGAGGGCAGCUUCCAGGGCAAGAUCAACAGCCUGGCGCGACUGCAGGACUGCCAGGCGCUGCUGGAGGCGCAAUUCAGGCCCAAGAAGAUCGUCGUCGAGGCUCCGAAACCAUCAAAUGGAGCCGAGUUGGAAAAGGAGGAGUAAAUUCCGCAGAUAUACAAUAUUUGUAUGGUAUUACAAUGAUAUUCGAGGAUAAAUGUUGCCUAUUUUUAAAGCAAUUUACGGAACAAUUUCCAAAGAAAAAGAAAGGCUUUUUCUGUACUAAAAACAUA